AUGGAGGCGAAGGCAGCGGAGCUACUGGCGUCCUUCAAGAACCCCAACUUGUCCGUUGAUUCCAAGAUCGCCUACCUAUCUAGUGUCAAGUCCGAUAUCAAACAGAAAAAUGUUCCAGAGGGAGCGAUUCACACUAUUUUCGAAACAUUACGUCUCGCCAUCGGCUCCCAGCACUACUCCGUUCUCGGAGCGGGGUUUUCCACACUUGGCCAUCUCCUGAAGCGCCUUGCAAUCCAAGACCAGCAGCAAUGGAUUGUUCACCAAGCCCAAAGCUUGUAUCCUAUUCUCGUGGAGCGUCUGAAUGAUCCUAAAGAACGUAUAAGAGCCCAUGCCGCAUCAAUAUUCACCGAACUGUGGCAAUUUGCAGGCAACGAAGUUGAAUAUCAUGUUUUGGAAGUUGCACUGGUUGGGAAAAAUCACAGGGCGAAAGAAACGAGCAUGCUGUGGUUGGCAAAUAUGACGAAGCACCAUGGUUUGUUGUUCCGUCAAUAUGUUCCUUCCCUGGUUUCGUGCUUAGAGGACGCCGACAGUGCCGUUCGAGAUACGGCUAAGUUGGUCGUGAUCGACCUGUUCCGAAACGGCCCAGCAAGAGCGAAAUCUGAUCUGCAAAAGCAAAUGGCGUCACGCGGUGUGAGGAAAUCUAUCGCAAAUGCUAUCCUCUCAGGCAUUGGUCUAGGGUCUAUUGAACCAGACACUGCAUCCUCUACGCGUCCAAUAUCUCGGGCCGAACGCUCGAUUUCGGUGAUGUCGUCGCGUUCACAUGCUAUGGAACAAACUGAUGAUGAAAUGGAGCCCGCAAAGAGCCGCCCAGCUUCUAGAGCUCAGCGUGAGCGACUGAUAACCUCUUCCGUGCCCACAGAGCCACCAUUUGUCAAUCGACCUCGCACACCGGCCCCGGCACCAGCACACCAGCAACCCUUGCCAGACGACGAUGGUCUGGAACCGUUCGAUGUUGCCUCGGCGAGGGAUAUCGAUGAUCUUGUGCGCGAUAUGAUGCCCUGGUUCGAAGGAAAAGAAUCAGAAGACAAUUGGUCUAAGCGGGAAAAAAAUGUGAUGCUUUUCCGCAGAUUAACUCGAGGAAAUGCGCCACACGACUUCUCGCACACCUACAUCAAUGCAGUAAAGACACUACUGGACGGUAUCUUGAAGGUUCUUAAUUCUCUACGAACGACAAUGUCCAGCAACGGCAGUCUUUUGAUACAAGACAUUGCCCGGACAUGUGGCCCUAGAAUUGACUCAAUGGUCGAGAUUAUCAUGCAGAACCUGUUGAAGCUUUGCUCGGCGUUGAAAAAGAUUGCCGCCCAAAACGGAAACGCCACUGUCGAAGUCGUCAUUCUUCAUGUUUCAUUCAGCACUCGCCUCCUGCAGCAUGUCUCUUUCGCAACCCAGGAUAAAAACAUUGGAGUGCGUCUGUUUGCCACAGGGUGGCUCAAGGCUUUGAUCGUCCGCCAAGCUCAUCAUAAAAGUACAGUUGAACAUGGUGGUGGCCUUGAUCUCAUCGAGAAGGCGAUUAUCAAAGGAUUGGGAGAUGCGAACCCUGGCGUGCGCGAAGCAACGCGGAGCACCUUCUGGACGUUCUACGGUGUGUGGCCGGAGCGAGCUAAGGUGAUAGCAGACACUCUCGACCCCAAGUCGUGGAACUUGCUGGAAAAAGAUUCAUCGAACCCCAACCCCACUUCAAAAGGUGCAUCUGCAUUGCUUGCAAAGAGCCCCGCCAAGAGUCGCUCCGCUCUGCAAGAAGCUAUCGCUGCUCGGAAGAAGGCCCAGAUGACUUCUCGACCCGAGUCGGCUCAGCCAAUCUUUGCCGAAGCGAGGCCAUCUGCUCCUGCCUCCAAGUCCGCUCGGAGUGUUCCAACUGGGGCCCCUCUCUCGUCUCUAUCUUCUGCGCCUAUGAGACCCGCCAUGAAGCCUCGGCGGGCAGAAAUCAGUCGUCCUGCAACUGCAGACCCCUAUGCUCGUCGCCCCGAGUCACGAGCCCAGUCUAAUAGUACUAGAUCUACUCGACAAGCGACCACCUCACCCAGAGCUGUGCGGUCUAAACCAUCAACACCUACAUCGAAUGCCCCUCUAACGGCGCCUCACACUCGUCCACACGAAUUGGCACAAAAUGCUACAACGAAGGGCAGGCCGAAGAAGCUCGAUUUGUCCAAGUCCAAGUCUCACAACGAUCUUAUGGCCGCAAGUCGUGCUCACAGUGACUCGAACGAGAGCCUGGCCAAUCAGCCAUCUGCAAGAACCCCUCGUCACGGAAAUUUCCUCGGUGUAUCGGAGGACCAAUGUUCGCUUGCAUCUACUGCGUUGGAAAGCCCUCCACUCAAUGCAUCACAGCCUCUUCUGCACUCAGCACCAGAUGGCCCUCAUGCUGACUCAGUUCCUGUUGAAGACCCAGAGCCAAUGGUACUGGAAGAACCUGUUGUUUCCGCACCUCUAACUCAUACCCCCGAACCAGAUAUUGCAGUGUCUCCCGCGUCCGUGUCUCCUGCUCGCAAGCAUCCAGAUCUGGACUUUGGCCCUGAUCCUGCAUCUAUGGCCAAACCCCAACCUGACGCAAUGGUUAUCUACGAAGAUCCCGCCACACCCCCCGCAGAAGUGCAUGCAACUCCUGCCUACGCCGCCUCAGCGGGGAUCUUUACCCCUCUCAAGUGGUCCCCCAGGCACUCGGAUAAACCAGAACUUGGUGAAGUAGAGGCUCAACCUAUCUCCGAGGAUCUCUCAGCCCCGGUGGUCGCUCUAGCUAAGAUGCCUGCACCCGACUUGGCCCCUAGGCAGGAAGCUGGUAUGAACUAUGAAGUUCGAACUCCGUCUCCAACACGCCGGACACCGCUUCAAUCAAGCCCAUCACCAACGAAGGUCCAUUUUCAUCCAGCGGCUUCUAACAUCAUGGAUAUUGCGGUCGUGCUUCCCCAGGAGCCCCAUGUGGCAAGGAACGGGACCGAUGGCAACAAUGAAAAUGCGACUCCAUACCUGGCCAAGACCCUAGAUUUGCCUGCUGUCCCGCGGUCUGCGGCUAAGCCGAGUGCUCUCGAAGAGGUGACGGCAAACGAACCUACACCGCGUUCGCCAGAAGCGAGACAGAAAUCGUUUGUGUCGAUACCUAUGUCACUCUCCCAGUCGACUUUGUCUCAGUCCACAAUGUCUGAAGACUCCCCACGACGCACUCGAAAGUGGACUGAUCGUCACCGCAGCCCUAGCCCGCGUUCGAAAGACCCGGCCAAUGCCACGCAAAUGAUCCACAAAGGCCUCGCUCGCAUUGUCUCGAGAACCAUGGAGCCCUCGGGAUAUCGAAAGCUACAGGGGCUUAUCCAAUACCAUGGUGACGAAAUUGUGUCUCAAAGCCAGGACUAUAAUGCGUUACUGGAAGCUCUAUUUGUUGAAUUGGAAGCUAUCCCUCUCAACCGCAAGGAUCAUGACGUGAAAACCCAGGUUUUGGCCACCAUUCGUUCCAUGCUUUUACGGACCCGCGAGCAUUUCCACCCCUAUGACACCCGCGCCAUGGCAGCUAUUAUCCGGGCCCGCCGCCACUACGAGUCCACUUCCCACUUUGUCACCUGCCUAGAGGAAGUGGUUGAUAAACUGGUGUUUUUGACCCUGCCCCAGACGGCGAUUGUCGGUGUUCUGCAGGGACUGGAUCUUGAGGCGGACGCUGAAAAUGAUGAAACGUACCGUUCCACAAUCAUGGGUCUGAGUGCCAUUCAGCAGUCGCUGUCGCGUCCCGGUGUUGAUAUCGACGACGAGCUUCUAGCUCGCAUCGGUGCAGUGGCGAUGCAACAGCUCGGACACCCGCGCCCCGGUGUCAGGAAGAAUGCCACUGAGCUCUGCACGUUCUUGAAUAUCACUUUCGGACCCGAGCGGGUGCAAAAAGUCACCCAGCCUCCUCGUGAAGGAUCCCUUAAUCUUCUGACCUACUACAUGGCUCGACGGAGUCAGUAA